AUGAGCUACGUUAAUAAGACGGGCAAACCGUCAAUACUGUCUCUCAUUAGGAAACUGAUAUCGAAUAAAAUUCCAAAUAAAACAAAUUUAGCACUAAUCAUCAUACCUAUAAAUGCACCUAAUACACAAUCCACACUACCUAGCCAUACAAAUAAUAUUUCUAUCACUACCACCUCUACCACCACCUCUCGUACAUCUACUUCGAUUUCAUCUUCACCAUCACCUUCAGCGACUUUUUCGACCAGUGAUAUCAACAACGCAGAAACACAUAUUAACCACACCGUACAAAACACUAUAACCAAUUACUCUCAAGCAACAGCUAAUGACAACUCUCCCAGUAUAGAACAGGCACUUGUUUUUAACUCAAUAGAGCUAUACCUCAAAGAGACUUUAUUCUCGCCUUAG